GUGUUUUUGGAACAAGAAAUAGCUAAUCUUUUAUUAUGAAAACUCGUAUUAUUUAUCUGCUGGGAGCUUUUGCUAUGGUCAUGGGAAUGGUGUCGGCUUCACCCUAUGAUAUUCUAGACGAACCGUCAAAUUUAGAUCGGAAAAUUAACCUUUCAAACCCUAGAGAUUACUUGGAUAUCAAAGUAAGGAUUGACAAUGCAAAGAAGGCCAUCAGAAAUUUGCAGCCUGAACUUAAAAAGUAUGUUGCACUGAGUCAGCAAAUACAACUGGAUCAGGAAAAAGUAGAUAAGGAGAUAGCCAAUAAUAAGUUGGCACUGGAGAUAGCCUCUAAAAAGUUGGGGGAUAUCCACGAGAAGAUACUGGAUGCCAGACAAGAAUGUUCACCGCAACAUCAAACCAACGAAGAAAUAAAUUCUGGAGAUUUUGAUCCUGAGUAUACUAGAGUCCCUCUUAAACCGAUUUGGAAACCCAACGGAGGUAUGGAUCCAGGUUUUAAUAGAAACGGUCGAAACGCUAAUGGCUCCAAUGAAUAAUAUGUUUUCCUGAAUAUUAUUAUAUUUUGUCAAUAGUUCUACGUUAAAUAAAAAGCUUUUAGCAAUUGAAAA